UCAGGCAGGUGCAGUAGUAGUGUGCUGUACCUACCGUGAAAAUAAACGGUCAUUUCUGUCAGAAAAUCCAAACCGAAGUUUCCGUAAAAAGAAUACGACAAUUACAGCUGGCACGACUCCCCGGUCAAAAACAAAAUAAAGUGAGCAAGAGUGUACCAUUCGAAUGAAGUAAAUUUUUUUAUUUUAAACAGUCUUAUAAUUACAAGGCUAUCAAUAACCAUGACAGAAAAUAAAAAAGAGUCAACUCAUCCACCUCUUAAGAGAUAUAGGUCGAAUUCUAUGGGAAAUUCAGUUGCUUAUGCAGGCUUAUUACUCAUCGAAUUAAUUCUUUUGGCUUUAAAAUUCAUUUAUACUACCGUUGAGUCCAUUAUACGAACAUUUUUACCGCCAUUAGAAAAAUCACUAAAAGACGAAGUUAUAUUAAUAACUGGUGCUGGUCAUGGUAUUGGUCGAGAAUUGGCAUUAUUGUUUGCCGUACAAAAUGCAAUUAUUGUAUGCUGGGAUUUAGACGAAAAAGGAAAUAAUGAAACUAAACACAUUCUUAAGAUUAAAGGUUACAAACGUGUUUACACUUACAAAGUAGAUGUGUCUAAUAGACAGGAAGUUUUAGAUGCUGCAGCCUUAGUUAAACAGGAAGUCGGCAGCGUAUCGGUACUAGUAAACAAUGCGGGCAUUAUGCCAUGCAGACCGUUGUUUUCUCAAAGCCACGAAGUAAUUGAAAAAAUAUUCAACGUCAACGUUUUAGCUCAUUUUUGGGCUCUGGAAGCAUUUUUGCCAAGCAUGAUUGAAAAUAACCAUGGCCAUGUAAUUGCUUUAUCUUCUAUGUGCGGUGUCAUCGGACUCCCAAAUGUUGUUCCAUAUUGCGCAUCGAAAUUCGCCGUAAGAGGACUCAUGGAAGCCUUAUACGAAGAGUUAAGAGUUGGAGAUACGAAAAACAAUAAAUCUGAAAUCAAAUUCACUACAGUUUACCCGAUUAUGGUUAAUACAGGACUAGUUAAGAAACCUAGAAAUCGAUUCCCAUUCUUGUUGGACAUGCAAUCGCCUGAAAAAGUAGCCAAUAUCAUUGUAAAGUCGAUGAGACGUAACUACAAAGAAGUUAGUAUACCGUGGAUGCUGAUGCCUCUCGACCGGAUAUCCAGACUGUUGCCCGGAAAAUUCAUUCAGAACGUUAAAGAUUUCAUCGACACUGGCUUGGACCCACACACAGAUGACUAAAAUAUAUUAUAGAUAUCAAUCGUUUCUUUGUUCAUUGUUGACGUAAUUGAUUUUAUUAUACAGCUUUUGAUAAUAUUUGUUAAAAAGACUUGACAUAUAUUGUUUUUUUUAAUAUUCGCUUUUAUGUAAUGAUGUCCGAAUUCCCAACAGUAAUUAUUAAUUGUAUUUUAAGGUAUUUAUGGUGGUGUAUAAUUUAAUACCAUAUUAUUAUACUUCAUGCUUGUUAUAAUUAUGUGAUUUUGUAAAUAAUUUGUUGUACAAUAAAUAUAAGAUGUAACUUUUAUAUUAUAUUA